GAAACAUCCCCUGAUUUCUCUGAGUCACUGCUCACAUCCUGCUCCAGCACUUCCUCAUUCACAGCAGCACUCCUUGCAGCAGCACGUUUGGAUCUCAGCACAUGCAGGGGGGACACGGAGAUUCCACAGAGGACAAAGCAACUGCCUCCUAUGGAAGCUGAGCAUCCCUGAACAGCCACCAAAAGUGACAGUCCAGGUGCUGGAACAUGUCCAUGACUGAGCUGUGGUUCAACAGAGACACGAGUAGCAGCUGAAGUGUCUGGUGAAGCCCCUGACAGGGACAGAUUCCCAAGGGCUGGGAGGCACAAAAAUGAAAUGGGAGACUGCUCUCUGGAUGGUUGCCUGCUCACUGCUUGCUUCUCUGCCCAGAGGUCAGCUGGAUGCCACGUGCCAUGCAUUUGUUGGAGAAACUGUGGUUCUGCCUUGCACCACCACCCCUCCUGGAGAGCUGGCCCUGUCCAAGUCCAUGCUCUACUGGCAGAUUGGCACCACGCAGCUGGUGCACUUCUUUCAGAACGGGCAGGAUUCACUGGAGGGCCAGGAUGAAAAGUUCCACAAUAGAACCAGUCUUUUUCUGGACCAGAUGAAGCAUGGCAACUUUUCCUUAAAGAUCUCCAAUGUCCAGUUAUGGGAUGAUGCUGAAUAUUCCUGUAUCUACAGACAGACUGAGAACCACCAAACAAAGAAAUCUACAAUUAAACUCAAUGUAUCAGCUCCACCUAGGAUUGAGGAGCCACCUUCCCCUUCUGAGCAGAAUCAGAUUCCCUCCGGAAGCCCCGUGGAUGUGCCACAUCUGGCUGUGCUUCCCCUCUCUUUGCUCCUCCUGGUCCCCCUGGGGCUUUGGCACUUGUAACAGGGGAAGCCAACCUUGUCUUUGGGAAAUUCUCCUCACCAGAGGACCUUUCUGGGCAGGACAGGUCUGUGGGUCAGUGUGACACCUGCUCCAGAGCACCAAGAGCUGAGAACAGACCAAGCAUUAGGUGUUUACGUCCCACAUUCUGGUGUUCCACAAAACCAAGGGCAGCAAAACUCUGAGGUGGCAAGUCUGCUUCUGCAUUUGUUUCUUGGAGUCCAGUUUUAGUGCUGCCAGGAUAUACAAUUUAUUUUGGAUUGUGUGGGUUUGCUUUAACGACAGGAGAAAAGGCUCACAGAACUCCAGGAUCAGAUUGUAGCUGAUCCCAGUGAGAUCUUGUGCCUUUCAUCUGCUGUCCUUCAAGACAACUGAAAGGAGGAGUGGGGGUAACUACUCUCUGUGUCAGACAAAAACUGGAAGGAGGAAGACACUCCCAUUUUAUGAAAUGGAAGGAUGGAAACCAAGUGAAACUUGAAUCUGUGGAACUUCAGCUUCUGUUUUCACUCCUAAGCGUCAUGGGCUAUGAGUAAGAACUCUUAUUUUCCACAAGAAAUGUAGUAUUUCUUCAGCAGAAGGGUGAAACUGACUGAGAAAGAGGGUAGAAGUUCAUAAAAUAUCCACACAGAGGAAGGAAGUGAUGUAUUACUAUAAAAUCCACAGCUAAAUCGGCAAAAAAAUUCAGAAGGCUGAAUUCAGUAUUAUAUUUUUCUGUCAUGAAAUGUGGCAAAGCUGGAUUCUUAAGCUGGAACUGUGCAAUAAGAACUCGUUACUGUGACAAUGUUACUUCUUUAAAAACAGCUCCUUUGGAGAGGAAAAAAUAUUUAAAAACUCAUCAGAAUAACUGUAACUGAUACCUAUGCAAACGAAAUGGGUUUAUUUCUAGAAAUGUACAAUUCAGAUAGCAGAGGUCUCCUGUGCAAAACUUGGGUCCAAAGGAUCCUGCAUACAAACAAUGUUGAGGAAGUGCAGAAGGCUUUUUCAAGCCAGAACUGCAACUACCCUGUUUCACAACCAAGAAGCAUCCAGAGAACAGAGCUGGAGACCAGCAGUGCCGAACACGCUGAGCCCUCGGGCAGGGGGAAUGACUCACGAGGAUGCACUCAGUCACUUGGAUUCGGAACAGUUGCACCUUUUUUAUUUUCCAGUGGAGAGACAAGAUUGUUUUUGCAAGGAAGGGACAGAAUCAAUCAGAGCUGAAAAUGGAUGUAGAGGAGACGUUACCUUUGAAUUUGUUAACUAAAGGCCCUUUCCUCAUGGUGGGGAAGAGAAACAAAAUCCCACAGACGGCCUGUGCUGGUGCUGCAGUGAAGCUCAGCUGAUAUUUGGCUACCCUGAGUACAGAGCAGCUCAGUGGAACAGCUGGGGUCCAACUGCACACAGAGAUUUGAUUGUAAGAAUUGUACAUACUGUGACUGUCUUUUUGUGUCCCAUCCUCCAAAUGUUUGUCUCAGAGUUUGUCUAUUUUUCAAGACACAAUUUGAUUGCAAAUAAAAACCUGAAAU